UGUUAUUUCACUACUUACUUAAAGAUGAACGAAUGAGAACAUGCGUACAUGGAUAAAUAAAUAUCCUGGAAAUCCCUGUAAACCCGCAUAAGUUGAUGUUUUCCAAGCAUAAAUUGUAUACAGAUCUGCAGUGUGCUAAAAAAUGGUGGAAGGGCAACGAAGCGGAAGUGCUCUGUAUAGUCCAGCUUACUGGAAAAAGCAUGCGAUACCAGAAGAAUCGUUUUACAUUCCACCCCGUCUCGCGGAAUACAUUGAGGAUCUCUUAAUAGCUGUCAUUGAAAAUCAACCGAAAGAUUACCAAUUAUGUGAAUUCUGCAUGAAGUUUUUCCACGAUAAAAUGGAGGCGGAAGUGGCUUCCAACAGAGAUACUAUUGCACCCGAUCCAGAAAAGUACCACGAAAAUGCCAGUGCCGCAGACAUGCUUAAAAAACGGGAAAUAGAGCUGCAUACGAACCCGGCAACAAUUAGAGCUGGUCAAGCAAUUGUGGCUACCGUUGAGAAAGAUGCCAUUCAGCAACUAAAACGAUCUACAGAAUUAAGUGCAGGACAAAGAAAUUUAUUUGAGGAAGAGAACGCAGCCAAGGAAGCUUUAAAGCAACAGCGGCAAGUCAGCUGGGAUUCCAGCGGAAAAGUGGAUGACCUCCCAUUAAUGGAUGGCAACAUUGGAAUAAAAAGAAUUCAAUCGAUACCGGCACCAGAAAAUGUAAAGGAACGGCUUAAAUUAUCGAAAGACAACGCGCAAAUAUAACUCUUUACUCAAGUGAAUAUCAAUAAUGCUCCAAGUAAGACGCCACAAGAGGAGUUAAAUUUACAAGUGCCCCGUGGAUCAUGUACAUGAACUUAUCAUCAGAUUUCCCGAUUUGACAGCGAAUUCGUCUACUGAUGAAAUCAUUAUUUGCCGAUACAAAUCCACAAGGAAUAUACGAAUUCUGACUGACUGACCACACUUCAACAUCAAACCGGGCAGCUUCGAAGGCUGCUAAAGCAGGCGCCGGCUGGGCCAUUAUCCGGAAGGGCAGCCGCAAUUCAGAGUAAAAUUUCUUCAACAUGUCGACAGCUUGGUGAAAAUAUUCAUCGGUUCGGUCGAAAUCUUCAUAUCCAAUGCAGAAAGAAACACAGUGUGUCUGGGAUGGAUAGAAUAAUCUCUGCAAUCCGUUCCCUUGAUGCGUCUGCGGUUUGUAUAUUCGACCGGAAUGAUGAAACUUCACACAAGGAGCACCUUCGCGGUAUUCACCGUUUGCCAGAUAGGCCGUAUAAAUAUGUAAAGGGAGCGAUGUCAAAAAGAGAGAACGAUACUCCGCUCCAUUCCUUUUGCUAAUGCCGAGCAUAUAAGCCUAUAAAAAGGAACAACAAUCAGUAAAUCUGC